AUUUCCGGUGUUGUUUCCGGGUACUCGGGCGACUUAACCCAGCGGUAAACGGGACAGAUUAAGUGCAUUUUUUCCGCAGCUGGUGAUGGCGGAUGUUGUUGAAAAAGACACCAUGAAGAACUACCACAUCGCGUCUGAGAGGAUCAACCCAGAGAUCGGUCGCUUUCCGUACUGUGUUGUGUGGACGCCGAUCCCGAUACUCUCAUGGCUGGUUCCAUUCAUUGGCCACAUUGGAAUCUGCACUUCCACUGGUGUCAUCCGGGACUUUGCUGGACCGUACUUUGUCUCUGAAGGAAACAUGGCAUUUGGAAAACCAACAAAGUACUGGAUUCUUGACGUGAGCAAAGUCUACGCUAGUGGUUCCAAUGCCUGGGACACGGCGGUGCACGACGCUUCAGAGGAGUACAAGAACAGGAUGCACCAUCUCUGCUGUGACAACUGUCACUCGCAUGUCGCCAUGGCUCUGAAUCUGAUGCGAUAUGAAAACAGCACCUCGUGGAACAUGGUCAACCUCUGCCUCCUCGCUCUGAUCCACGGAAAGCACAUCAGCUGUGCAGGCUUUCUGAAGACCUGGCUGCCUUUCCUGAUGCUGGUGGGCAUCAUCCUCACAGCGACCCUGGCCAUCAACCUGCGGUGACCUGGGAGGCGGGGCCGAGGACGAGGCGGGGCCCCUGCAGGUCGGAUGCGGGGUUGACCUUUUGGACAACAACGCACGGUGUCGAGCGAAAGUGAUCGAGGAGAUAAAAGACUUCUUGCUUCCCGGGAGAAGCUCGUUGAACAAGAACGUCCGGCGCGUGGUCGGUUUGUGGGAAGCAGGCGGCCGGUUUCUGGAGUCACUCCUGAACACGCCCACAACUACCUGAACACACUUAAUGGAUUAUGAUUAUCGGAAGCCUAACCGCAGGUUUAAGCCAUUGCCGCCUGCAAAGUGUGGACUCUGUGCGGCUGCAUUGAUUGUUGAGUAGAGGAACAUGCGUAACUGGCGUCUCAGAGGGAACACAUUCAUGCCUUGCUUUCAGAUAUUUGACGAUUUUUACUUUUACUCCCAGGAUGCUGUUUUUAUACUGGGGAGCACAGACAUGUUAAAUUGAUUUUUAGAUGUCUUUCUAUUGCAUUUCAUGCUUGAUCUAACGUAGCUCUUCAGUACCGCAACCUAAAGCUAGACAUGCUAGAGCUGUUUGUAUUUUUGUGCAUUUUCUUAAUCUUUUUAAGGGAGAUACGUUGCACAUGCAUCACCUCAUGGUACUACUUUUUAAUAAGUUUACAGAAAAUGUUUUCAUACCUUUUUUUUCCCUUCUUUUUUUAAAUGACAGAUCAUCCGUGCACUGAUUUGUAGCAACCGAGUGAAACCAACAGAAUAGCUCAGCGUUUGGUUUUCUGUACUUGUGCCAAAUGUAGGAGGAAGAGAGACUUAACUGCCCUCGAAUAUCAACGUUUUCUUUCAGCUCAUUGACGGUUGUUGUCAAGAGUUAUGAAACCUGAAUUUUGUCUUUUGCUCAACCUGACUGAGUUGUUUUGUUUUUCAUCACACAUUUGGACUUAAAUGGGGUCAGUGCCUAAACGUAACCUCUCACAGAUCCUUUUUUUUUUUUUUUCAGAUGUCAUAUUUUCAUUUUUUGACAUGCCUUGAAAACCACUUUUAAUUCCAAUUUUAGAUGGUCGGCAUUCGUUGCCAUGGCUGUCGUGAGUAGAUUCAAAUCCCCUCCCAUACAGAGCCCUCUUCUUUGUCCGCGGUGCCGCCAGAAGCAGCAGGUAGCCAGGAGCCUCAGGUUUUUCACACUCGCCCCCCCCCCCAGCGCCUGAUUGUUUUCCACCUCUGCAGAUCAGAGUCGAAGGUCAUCGUGCAAAUGUCAGCGCUCUUUCAUAAAGCUUUUAUACAUGCAAACAAAGCAGAUGUCUUUUUAAAGUGUGCGCUUAUAGGUUUGAACUCCUGUUUUUAUUUUCUGCUUCACGGUUUUGACUUUGGGGCCGACGCAGUGGCCUCUUUCUAGACUUCGCUCUCCUCUUCGUGGCUUCUGUUGGAAGCAGGCGUGCUCUGGCGUCUCGUGUGCAUCUCACCCGUGUUGCCUGUAAAUAUUUGAUUGCGCAUUAUUAUCCUGUCGUACACCAGGUGCUCUUCAAAUACUUUUCAAAUUACAGAUUUAUCCUUUGAAUAAUUGAUUGGUGUAAUGUUUCGUUCUCUUUACUCCUGCAUAUCAUCUCUUCUGUGUGCGUGUGUGUGUUAGUCGGUCAUGCACACUGCGAUCGGAGAGAGCAUGUGACUGCAUGCCAGCGUGUGUGUGUGUGUGUGUGUGUGUGUGUGUGUGUGUGUGUGUGUGUGGCACAUGCAUGCAAGAAAUGAUGCGAGAGUGGUUCAUGUCUGACGCACACUGUGGCUUCUUAAUUAAUAAUCAGCUGCUCUUCAUCGCAGCCAACUGCCUGGUGAUUGAUUUCUAUCUUUAUUACUCAAUGUCGUUCUUAAUUUUUUGUAUGAUUGCUGGCACACCGUGGCGAGAAUAAAUAAUACAAAUGGUUGUGAAA